ACAUCGCUACAAUUAAGAUUGCUCCAUCAGUCCACGUUUAAUAGACUUUAUUUUACAUCGUCAUAUGGAUCCCACCUGCGCUACGUAUUCCUGAAAACGGAUAGUUGCGUCGAAUCUGCUGAAGCCGCCUGUAUCAUUCUGUCAAGACUGAUGAACUGCCCCCUGAAUAUGUUGGAAUUAAUUAACGUGUCGAAGUCAUCCUUUUUUUAUAUAGAUUGCAAUCGCUUUACUUCAUCCUUGACAAUAGCUUUCGAUAGAUCACCUUUGAGAUCGCUUAUGAUCGAUCACACUCCUGUGAACGAUCCUUCAUUGACGAACCUGGCUUCCAAUACCUCAAGUACACUACACCAUUUGCGUAUGAGCUGUCCACGUUUAUCACCAAAGGGUAUUUUGAAAUUGGCAAAUGGUUGCUCUUAUUUGCGGGAACUAUCCAUUUCAUACUCUGUACUGAGUAAUGAGUUACUUAUGGCACUCAGCGACAAAGAGCAUGUCCAUUUGGAAAUAUUAUGUAUAGAAGCACAUGGAGAAGGAAAAUCUCUUCCACUUGUCAGUGACAAAGCCUGGCAGUCGUUAGCCAAGCAUUCUCCCAAUAUCAAAAUAACAUUAUUAUGUUACUUGGCCGAAGAGGAAGACUACGAGUCUCUUUUUUUAUGCAAUUUCCCAGUGACAAAUCUCUACUUUGGAAAUUAUGUCCCAGCUUCUGUUUUCAUGAAAAUUGGUAAAUCUUGUCCACGUCUUGUGGAAUUAAUAGUUAGUGCUCAUGGUGCCGAUUUUAUAGACCAAGGAUUAUUAUCUGUGGCACGAUGCUGCUCAAAAUUGCGCAUCGUUGGAUUAGGUGACUGUAAACUUACCUGUUCGGGUCUUGCAGAGUUCGUUAGACUUCUAGGAAACAGUCUUCGAGAAUUGUAUAUCUGGGAAAUAUCUUUGAUAGAUGAUUCAAAGUGUGACACUAAUGAACUGAUUGCAAAAGUUUCUUCAUUACUUGGUCGAACCUGGACACCCGAAUAUGUUCCGUUAUGGUGAAACUAUGAAUACUGAAAACAAUUUGGAAAAGAUGGAAGUACAGGAUUUUAAAGUGAUACAAUAAUGAAAUAAUUGUAUUUUUUUUAAAUCUCUUUGAAUCCACUUGAUCAUGCGAUUAUUGUACUGAUGUACUGAACUCUUUGAAACACGAGCUAAGUGAUAAUUGUUUCAUUGGUAAUGAAUAUUAUAGUGGCAACUGAAUGCGCGAUGCUUGUAACAAAAUAUUGAUAUCGUUUCAAUAUUUAGUAGAUUCUUUUACAUUAUAUAUCAUAAGCAAAUUGUUUCUCGAAGUGGAAUACAUUUUUUACAGUUACAAUGUUAAUACUUGUUAAUUAAUUUUCAUGCAAACACAAUAAUGAUGUUAUUUAUAUAUUUUUUUAUAUAGACUGUUUUUAUAACGCACACAUCGUUCGAACAAAGCAUGUAACAGCAAGUCUUCUAAUCACAAGAUAAGAAUUAUUUAUUUGGCCACGUUUUGAUCAAACUUGCGUAAGAAAAUAAUGUCGACAAAUCUUUAUAAAGAAACGCUUCCAUUUUGGAAAAAUCUUGAAACACGUAAAUAUAUGUUACAUCUCUCGACAACUCAAAAACACUUCCAUUAAAAUUUGAAUUAUCUUAAGUGAUUGUCAUACCAAAAAAUAUAAAUUUUAUUAGAUGAUCAUAAUCUCUAUUAAGUUUAAUGUAUAUAAAAUAAAAUAAUAUUACUAAUUAUUAAUCAACCAUCAUAAUAGGUAGAUAUGUAUAGUAUAUAAUAAUAUAUGUAUAAUAUUAUAAUACAACGAAGUCUGUACAUUAUUUCUAUUAUACAACGUAAUAAAUGAUUGGGCAUUUA